GCGAGCUGGCGCCUGGGGCAGAAGCAGUGAAGGGGACUUUCGGCUGGCUGCUGCCACAGCGGUCACCGCAGCCGGCGGCCUCCUCUCCUGACCCUCCAGAAAAGGAGCCCCUUCCUUGAGCUCCUGAGUGAGAUAGAGGUUGCUACUGAACUUGCUACUAAGGAGGUAGCACAGAACCUAGGAGACCCGUGUCGGCCAGGGGCGUCUUAAAGAAGAAGAGACGGGUUUGUAUUUUUCCUAUAAAGGCCCGGGAGUCCGCGGCGACUGUGGGCUAAAAGGACUGCCAGGAACGAGCCUCCCCCGGGGAAGCGGCAGAAGGACUUGGAGCGCAGGUCCGCGCAGACGCGGGCUGGGGGAACUGCAGCGCCUCGCCGGGCAUUGGUGGAGGAAACGGGGUCGCCGGCCCCUCUGCCCUGGCCGGCAUGCACAACGCGUCAUUUUCGGAGCUGGGGCCAGCCAACACGUCGUGCUUGAGCCCUGCGCUGGGCUGCCCCAACGCAUCGAGCCCGCCGCCGCUGCCGCCACUGCCUCAGCCGCUGGCGGUGGCGGUGCCCGUCGUCUACGCGGUUAUCUGUGCGGUGGGGCUGGCAGGCAACUCGGCAGUGCUGUACGUGCUGCUGCGGGCGCCCCGCAUGAAGACCGUCACCAACCUGUUUAUCCUCAACCUGGCCAUCGCCGACGAGCUCUUCACGCUCGUGCUGCCCAUCAACAUCGCUGACUUCCUGCUGCAGCAGUGGCCCUUUGGGGAGCUCAUGUGCAAGCUCAUCGUGGCCAUCGACCAGUACAACACGUUCUCCAGCCUCUACUUCCUCACGGUCAUGAGCGCCGACCGCUACCUGGUAGUGCUGGCCACCGCCGAGUCACGCCGGGUGGCUGGCCGCACGUAUAGUGCCGCGCGCGCAGUGAGCCUGGCCGUGUGGGGACUCGUGACGCUGGUCGUGAUGCCCUUCGCGGUCUUCGCCCGACUCGACGACGAGCAGGGCCGGCGCCAGUGCGUGCUGGUCUUCCCGCAGCCAGAGGCCUUCUGGUGGCGGGCGAGCCGCCUCUAUACGCUUGUGCUCGGCUUCGCCAUCCCCGUGUCCACCAUCUGCGUUUUCUACAGCAUCCUGCUGUGCCGACUGCGCGCCAUACGGCUGGACAGCCAAGCCAAGGCUCUGGAUCGCGCUAAGAAGCGGGUGACUCUAUUGGUGGUGGCUAUCCUGGCCGUGUGCCUCCUCUGCUGGACUCCCUACCACCUGAGCACCGUGGUGGCGCUCACUACUGACCUCCCUCAGACGCCUCUUGUCAUCGCGCUCUCCUACUUCAUCACCAGCUUGAGUUACGCCAACAGCUGCCUCAACCCCUUUCUUUAUGCCUUCCUGGACGACAGCUUCCGUAGGAGCCUUCGCCAGCUGCUGGCCUGCCGGGCUGCCGCUUAACCCUCCUCCCCACACCCUUUCGCGCGCCCUGCGCCCCAGUCCUGGCUGCUCCAGCUCCGGCCGGUGCAGAGGGAGCAGGCGCCCGCGGCUCUCGGGAGGCCUUCCUGAGCUGUAGGCUCCUGCCCCCGACCCCGAAAACUUGCUAAAGAUCCAGAUUCUUGGGCUCCGGCUCAAACAGGGAAUCCGACGCACUAGGGCUGCUCCCUCAGUUUGAAUAUACGAAACCCUCCAGAUAAUGCAGGACCACGCUAAGUAUGAGAACUGUUGAGAACGAGAACGCAAGCGGAGCUCUCCCUAAUGCCAAAGGGCACCGAGUUGACCCCCGAAUUUGACAGGGAGGUCGGGAAGGGAGGAAGAGGGCGGCAGUGAUGCUAGGAGCCCUCUGCCCCUUCCCCCUUUCUCCACCCGCCCAGGGCGUUCUCAACUCAGGCCCUAGGUGGAGCACUCGGCGCUAUCCCUGGAUACAGGGAGGCGGAGGCGGAGGUGGGGAUGGGGGCUAGAAGAGUCCCGAGGAUGCCGGGGGAGCCCCUAGGAGUCGGCUCCGCGCUCGCCCUGCACCCUUGCUACUUCGUUUUACGGCAGCGACUGCCUGCGCUUUUGCUCAAAACCCGUGAGCAGCCUGGCCAGGACCUUUAGCACUUCUUCGCUUGCCCUAAUAGCUGGGGAAAAGGUCAAGUCUCCUGUGUUCGGCGCCCACCGCUCUGAGGAGCGGGGGUCUCGUGGAGCGUGCGGGUGUAUGUGCGUGCGUGUGUGUGUAGAGGAGGCGUGGGAUUGGGUAAAGGAGGUUGGAGCUUGGCUGUAACUACCUACAAUGGUGAUGAGAACUGUGAUAAUUCCCUCUUCCCGUUUUAGCUCCUCUUAUUUCUGCGUUUCCUUUUUUCCCUACUCCUACUCUUUCUCGAAAACGCUCCAUGACUCUCAGACUUUGGGGGAACCUGGCUCGCCCUGCUCUGAGAGGCCCCGAGCCGCGAGGCUCCCAGGAGCGCUGUUGUGGCGCCCCCUUGCGGGGCCUGCUGUUCCGCGCCGUGCGCCUGAGAAUAGAACUCCGCACCUACUAAAAAGGCAAUUUGCACCUCUGGGUUACCUAUCUUCUCUGCUUUCCACAAUUGAGUCCAGUACUGCUACGUCCCUUUGCCCCAGGCGACCUUUCAUACUACUUGGACCAGUUCGUUGCAAUUCUUUGUGCGAACGUUAUUUUUCAGGACUGAGUUUAUAAAUACAUAUGUCCUAAUCUCACAAAUUUCUGAGGACAAAAUGAGAUUAAAAAGUGAAAUGUGUAUCCGUUCCUUCGAUCCCUUUCUCCUCAUAUUAUUCAUCCCUUUUGCUUGAGGGAGAACCAGGAGGCUGAAAUGACUGACAUCUUCAUAUUUUUCUCUAUUGGAUUCCUUUCCACAGGGAGCUAUCAAUUACAUAUGCUUUAUUCCUUAGUGCUAGUCAGGUGAACCUGGUAAAUAAUCUAGUACUGUAAUCACGAGGGAGCCCGGCCAGCACCCUGUCUUUAUUUUUAUCUUCUCUUAUGGAAGACAAAAAUGGAUUAAGAGAGGACAGAGGCUUAGAUUUACCCAACCAUUUGCAGUUUACACCUCAGACAUGAGGGCAGAGGCUUAACCAAACUAUAGCCCUUGAUUACAAUGUUUCAAAGGGAUAGUUUUUCUCUGGGAUUAAUUCCAAACAAGAAUGAAAAUUUAUAGAAAUACUUGUUUCUUAUAGUGCAGUGUUAGGUGUGAAAAAGAGUGAGUGUUCCUGCAGGUGUAGCUUGCUUUGUUUGAUGGGCAUGACUCAAUUUAUCAAUUAUUUAGCUACAAAAUACCUUGUAAAAGUAUAUGGAAGGGAAAAAAAUCUCUUUUGGGUGGGAGAAAGUAAGCUCCCUUUCUAAUUUUAGUGAAUGGCAAUUUAUUCCUUGGCCCUCAGAGUUAUUAGAAACAGUAAUUCAUAGCUAUCAGUUUAAAAAACAUAAAUUUAGAAACCCACUCCAGUAACCAAUAGUAGUAAGUUGUCCAAAAUACAGUUUUGUUUGUUCUUGUAUGUCUCCAUUGCAUUUUGAAUGAUGUACUUUUGAGCAAUCCUUUGCUGGUGG